CUCCCACUCACCUCGGACGAGUGAGGGUGUUCACUUGGAAGGCCCAAGUCCCAGUGCGGCCCAAUAAAAGAGCGACGACCUGAAGUUAACUGGGAACUCUAUUCUCCACCAUCCAGCUUUGUUCCAUGACCACUGGCCUAUCACCAUGGCAUACAGAGGCCGCUUUUCAUUUUGGGAUCACAAGGUUAAAGUGGACAACAAGCCAGUUGCUGAUGCAGAUAGCGGUAAGCCUCAGACAGUCGCCAAACAAGAACCAAUCACAGGAAGCGGUGCACAGCCAACCGCAUCGACAGCUGAAACACCAAGCAGUUCAUAUGCCAUGGGCGGGCCAGAUGGAGAGCAGAGUUCCAGUGGAAAAAAAGUGGUGAGGGUCGUAAGAAGGGUGGUGAGACGUGUGGCACCUGACCCGACUGAAGAACAGAGCCAGCCCACUGUUCAGGAGUCGGCCACGUCUUCAUUCAAAACCACUAAGGCAGCCGCUAGAGACGACAAGGAUGAUAUAUCAAUGGGGUUGACCAGUCUUAUGGGCAGAAGCCGCACCAAGGAACACCGACUCCGCUCACGGACCCAGGAUCGCAAGGAGGACUUGAAAGAAGAAGGGAAGAACCAGGAUGAGGAAAAUGCAAAGGUGGAUGAAGUGGAGAAAAAGCCUGAGGAAGACAAACCCGUUGAAGACUCAUCCAAAUCAGCACCUAGCCCUACAGCAAAGAUGAAUUCUCCCACCCCUCAAGUUGGGUUCAUCCCUCCACCUAAGCCGGACCCUCUAGCCCCACCAGCUGGUUUCAUCCCUGCACCCAGACAAAAUCCUUUGACUCCUCUGUCUGCUGCCAAAAAACACAGUCCCGGGCCACCAAAACAGAACACUCUCCCAAGACCUCCGGGAUUCAUCCCUAUUCCAAAAUCAGACCCCUUGGCUCCUCCAGCGGGCUUCAUUCCAAAGCCCCGCACAGUUGCUGUAAAGAAACCUGAGGUAUUUUGUGUGGUUCCUAAUCCAAGGGUAGAGCAAGCUGAAUAGCAGUUACUCUGGCACCUGUCUUUAUAGCUACUUUGCAACUUUUAGAUACUGAUACUGCAUUUACAUUUGUCUGGACAAAACAAAUCAUAUUUGAACAAAGUUACGGGCAGCGUUCACACCUGAAGAUACCAUAAAAUGAAAGGUGUAUUGUUAAAAUAUAACUUAAUGUACAAGUCAGAAGGUCCGAUUUUUCCGAGACAAAUUUUAGAAAUUAGAAUAAAGUGAAUUGUUCUAACAUAGAAUUUUUAAAGGCUACCCUUUCCCUAUGUUUCUUCCUGUAUAAUACGUAGGUUGGACCAUACAGUAUAGCAAACAGAACACCUUUCCUUCAUUUUUAGAUAGCUACUGAUUUUCCUUAUCAUAUAUAUAUAUAUAUAUAUAUAUCUAUAUAAAUAUAGAUAAAUAUAUAUACAAGGGAGGCGCCAUUAUGCAAGAAUGUUUCAUUAACAUUUAAGUUCCAAAUAUUUAGAAUUUUCUGGGGUUUUUUAUCUGACAGACUUUAUAGGGAUAAAAUAAUGACAAAUUGUAAAACAAAACUGCUCAUGAUCAAAGCUCAGUGGUCACAACGUCAAUCAUUUAAAUUAAAUUUCAAAUCAAAAUAUAAAGGAAUCAAACAGAAAUGUACUUAAACUAAACAAAUGUAAUUAACCUGGGCCAAUAGAACUAAACCAUAGAAAAUGAGCCAAAAUGUUUUAUGUGAUAAAAAAAAAUCAUACUUAACCUCAUUUUCCCUUGUUAUUUCUCCUCUCUUUCUCUCUUAAUACUGUCUUAAGGUCAAUGAGACAGCUUCUCCCCCUGCUACACUGAAUGUUAAACCAUCCCCUGUGGUCAAGUCUACAGCAAAUGAAAAGGUACGUUUUCAUGCCGGUGCUAGAAUAAUCCUCACAGCAUCUCUGUCACCAUUUCAAAAC